AUGGUGGCUCAAGGCUCGAGAGACAAACAUAUCAAACGCCUGAAAAAUGGCACCAAAACCACAAAAAACCACCGGUGGGAGCCAUUUUCCCAGCGCAUCGCAAAGCUCAAAAUCGAUCCGAUCCACCGCGUGCGCCGCACCAGCUUUGGUGAAGAUGAAGGCGAGACCGUCUCAUAUUUCCGGUCUGCCCUCGACCACUGGGUGGAUAUGAACCUGUCCGACAAUUUCUCCCAGUUUACUCGCCGAGUCAAUUCCCUCUCCGAAAGUCUCGCCCAGAUCCUGUACCACGAAGAAAAGAUUAUGGGCCUCCUGGUGGAGUUUAUCGAGAAGAGGGAUGAACACUCUAUGGAACCGCUCCUUAGUUUGUUGGCACAGUUUGCACGAGAUUUGGGCGUACGAUUCGAGAAGCAUUUUGCGACAGCAGUGACACUGGUAGCUUCAGUGGCUGCAACACACCAGGAUGUUGAGGUUGUCGAAUGGAGCUUUACUUGCCUGGCAUGGAUUUUCAAGUUCUUGUCCCGGCUUUUGGUACCGGACCUAAGGCAACUGCUAGGAAUCAUGACUCCAUACCUGGGGAAGGAGCGACAGAAGCCCUUCGUUGCUCGAUUUGCCGCCGAAUCCAUCUCUUUCUUGAUCAGAAAAGCAGGCGUUGUCUAUUAUAAGAAUAAGGCCCCUCUCGAAAAUGCCGUGUCAUUUCUAUAUGCGGAUAUUUCUCAAACUGCUGAGGAUGGCAAGGAUGUUACGAUGUAUAAGGAAGGCUUGAUGGUUAUGUUCUCUGAUGCUAUCAAGGGCAUUAAUAAUGGUAUCCACUCCAACGGCAUUGAGGUUCUCCGCUGCGUCUUGGACCAAAUACCCCCAACGAAUGAAAACAAAUCCGCGCCACGAGAAAUUGGCUAUGGAGUUGUGACCAAUCUCAUUCAUCACACAUUACCUGAGACCUUCGGACCCAUCCUUGGUACUGUCCAAGAGUUUAUUGAAUCCCGUUUGCAGGGGCCAGAAAACCCAAAUUUCCUGGAGUGCUGUCAUCUCAUGCUUAUCUGUGUGGCAACGCGCAAGGGAUCUCGAGUGAGUGACUGGAAAACUGUGCACCAGAUCCUCGUCUCGCUCCUUCAACCUGCCUCCAAAGAGCCUGAAAAGCACUCAGAUGCCAUUCCCCAACUUCUCACGGCAAUCGCUUAUGCCCUCCAAAUGUCUCCAAUGGAUGAGAUGCUUCGAUUCAUCCGCCCUAUAAUGGAAAUCGUAUCCACCGGGUCACUCUCGCAGUACUUCCUAUUCUUCUGUACCACUUUCUCGGGAUGGGGAUCAGAACGGUUCCAAAGUUUGCUGCUUCCUUAUUUCCAGAAGUUCAUCAGCUCCUCUUGGCAGGACCGCGAGUUGGAGGCAUGCUUGGCACUGCUUCGACUGAAUCAGACAGGUUGCAUCGCUUCAGAACCCUCGAAACCCGGCUACGUUUCUUGCCCUGACUCCUUGGAAUCUCAUAUCUAUGAGUCCUUCAACUAUCCCACGAAUGACGAAGUUCGCCUGAAUGCCUUCUUAAAACUUUCAGAAUCCAUUUCCUUAUUUAGUGAUUCUGCAAUGCUCUCCAUAUUUGUGAAGAAGCUGCAUGAUAACAUCUCUUUGGCCUUGAAAGAUGCUUCGUCAGAUUCAGGAAAUGAGAAUGACGGAUUGAAGUUAUACCUCGGACAAGCCUUCAAGACCUAUGUCAAAUUGGCCUCCCAAGCCAAGGAAACUGAUACGGCUCUUUGGCCUGUGAUCCUGUCGGCUUCAACAAAAUUCGCGCAACUCCCUCUUUUCCUGGAAGGCGUUUCAUCCUUCAUUUCUUCGAUUACCGACUCCUCCGACCUGCAGAAUCCCGCCAUUGAAGACUUUGCACAGAAGCUAAUUUUCAAUCUUGCCGGCCCCUCGCAUAGAUUACGAUUGGUAUCUCUUCAAAUACUGCGUGAGCUCCUUGUUCGCAUCCAUGAAGAAGAUUCCUCGCCAGUUUCCUUGGCCAUCGAAAUUGAGGAGAGCCCACUUACACUCCAGAGUGCUAGACCUAUUGCAAUGCAUGUUCGCAAGCUUGCGAUCCUCUACCCUCAGAUCGCGUCCCGAAAAUGGAUGGCUACUCUGGUACCUUACUUCUGUUUUGGUCUUUUCUCGAAGAAGAUGACCCCCUUGUGGGACGAUUCGGCUGCGGCUCUGAAGUCCAUGAGCGAACAUCCAGAAGGCGAGAAGAUUGUCUCAGAUUUGUCGAUUCAAUGGCUGCAUGAGCGGGACUCAAGCUCAGACGAAGAGAUAUCGGAUGAAAAAAAAGACGACUACCAUGCUGCUGGUGAUUUCCUGUGCUUCAACGUUGGCAAAGUGGAAAGUGCUCUGUCGUCUAACUUGGAGACCAUGCAGGAUCCUAGCUCAAGCCUGCUGAAGCAAUUCAAGCAAGACCAUGCGGGUGCCAGACUGAUCCCUGACAGACCUCGCAGCCAAGCUUUAAUUGUUCUCAAUGCAGCACCAAACGUGGCGGAGAAGAGGUCGCGCCAAAUUGUACCCUUGUUCUUGUCCUGGGCCUCGCGUGAUGACCAGGACGACCUUCCGGCCGACGAGACUGAAGCGGAACACGCUGAUACCCCUUUACGAUGGGGAUUCCGUGAUCGUCUGUCCAUGCUUGCGUUAUUUGGAAAAUUUGUGAACCCCAAAGUUCUGUUCAAAGCCACCGAGGUCCACGAAGCGAUUUUGGGUCUUCUUUGCCAUGGUAACUCUGAAACCCAGAAAUUGGCCCUUAAAGCUCUUUUCACAUGGAAGAAUCCUCAUAUUCUGCCUUACCAGGAGAAUCUGCUCAACGUCCUUGACGAGGUGCGAUUCAAGGACGAGUUGGCAGUCUUCGUGCAUGUUGGAAGCGAGGAUAGCUUGAUCGAGCAAGAGCAUCGUCCUGCCUUGAUCCCAGUGCUCCUGCGACUGCUCUAUGGUCGAAUGAUUUCCAAAGCAGGUGCAGCGCAAGCUGGGCAGUCGGGAAGACGAAAGGCAAUUCUGCGCACUCUCUCACAUCUCUCAGAAGAUGAGUUUGGAGUCUUCAUGCAGCUCGCGUUCGGUCCCCUUGCCGAGGUGCAUGCUGCCAAAGACAACAAGCCGGAUCUUGCUGCUUUCUCGGAUGAGCUCACAAGCCCGAGAAGGCAGCUUGGUCUGUUGAAGAUGCUUGAAACCGUUUUCGAUACUCUUCAGAACAGGAUGGGCCCCUUCACCGAGCAAACCAUGAGUGUCCUACUUUACUGUUUGGUUCGAGCAUACCGUGCUCUCUAUAAUGAGAAGAAUCCUCUUUAUGCUGCAGUUCACGAAAACGAGCGUCUCGUGGCUGUGUAUCAGAAUAUUCGUCAAACAUGUAUUCGCUGCCUCAGCCUUGUCUUUUCGAUAACUCCUGAUCGUGACUGGACACCCUACGUCCAGAUUAUCUUCUCUGAGAUGAUUGAUACUAGACUCGAGCAGUUCCCCAUUGAGACUGCCCAGGGCAUCUCUGGUUUGCUUCGCCUGUUCCACACCUGGGCCUCUGCUCCGCGGUCUACAUUCUAUCUCGUACAACAUAACAAAGACGUCAUCACAAAAAUUAUCGACUGUCUUAGCAUUGAGUCGGCACGUGACGAAGUCAAGAUCUACGUUCUUGACGAAGUGCUUGUACCAUUGGUUGGACAAGCCAGCGGCAAAAAGCUGGAGGAGGAAGGGGAAAUGUCUGAUAUUCCGGCCGAUCAGAUUAAAUCGGAGGUACUCUCUCCUUACCUGGAGCAUGCCUUGUCCCACCUGGGGCGCCUAUUGAAAAGAGGCCCGUCCAAGCCUGUGCUAUUCUCAGGCGUCACUGCUCUUUCUUUGAUUGCUCCAUGUGUUGAAUCUUCGACCGAGACAUCCAGCCUCAUCAGCAUCGCCACAUAUUUGCUGCGUCAACCUCCAGACCGUGUCAACCCUAAGACUAAGUCCGGCCUUCUGAAGAUCCUGCAACACUUUCUGCCUUUGUACAAACCGAGCGAAGAUCCAGAACUCUUCGAGCAGGUAUUCGAUGCUGUUUCGUCCAUGUUUGACUAUUUCAAAGAUGAUUCCAACCGAGAAACGCUCGCCAAGGUAUUCGUUGCUCUUGCUUCCCAUGAUCCUGAGCUUGUGGAAGUUGCCGAGCUGUGCGCGGACUUGAAUUCUCGGUCUAUGAGACGGCUCGAGCCAGACUAUGAACGCCGUCUACAAGCUUUCCGAAGAAUCAGUGAAGAGCUUUCGCAGAAUCUCAACGCUAAGCAAUGGAGGCCCCUCCUUUACAACAUGCUGUUCCAUGUCAAGGAUGAGGAGGAACUUGCUGUCCGGACGAGUGCUUCUCAUGGCCUCAAGCGCUUUAUUGACAAAGCAGCUACUGAAAAUAACGUGGCGGAAUUCGAGGCUCUGGUGAACGAUAUUCUCCUGCCCGCUCUCCAGAGUGGACUUCGCCAAAAGUCCGAGUUGGUUCGAGCUGAAAUUGUCUCUGUGCUGGGUUACUUCGUGAAGCUGAAUCCCACUAGACCCUCAGUACAAGAUAUGCAUGUACUACUUGUGGGUGACGACGAGGAAGCUUCGUUCUUCAACAACAUCCUCCACAUCCAGCAGCACCGUCGACUCCGAGCUCUGCGACGUCUGGCGACUGAAGCAAGGAAUGGCGUCAUCAGUUCUGACAACCUGGGCAAGAUUUUCUUGCCCUUGAUUGAACAUUUUGCAUUUGAGGAGGCUUCUGACGAGAGCGGGCACAAUCUCAUCGCCGAGGCAGUGGCUACCAUUGGAUCUGUCGCAGAAUGGCUCGACUGGAAUCAAUUUCGUGCCAACUUUAGGCGAUACCGUGGAUACAUGCAGAGCAAGCCCGAUAUGGAGAAGAACAUCCUUAGGCUCUUGGGUCGCAUGUCUGAUGCUCUCUCGAUCGCGGUUGCUCAGAAGAACGGAGUUCCUGUCGAGACAAAUGAAGAUGAAAACAAAAUGGAGAUUUCGGACGCACCAAAGUGCCAGCUCGCUAAAUCUGCACCCUCAUUAGCGCAAGUCUCGAAGGAGUUGACAACCAACUUCAUCCCAUUCCUGACUGAGUUCAUCCAUCAUAAGAACGAGGCGGAAAUGAGUUUGCGUCUUCCAGCAGCCGUCACCACCAUCAAGCUGAUGAAGAUUCUUCCGGAGCAAGAUAUGGCUAUUCGCCUCCCCCCUGUUCUUUUGGAUGUUUGCAGUAUUCUUAAGAGUAAGGCGCAAGAUUCCCGAGACACAGCUCGCAAGACCUUGAACGAUAUUGCGUUGUUAUUGGGCCCGUCAUACUUCGGAUACAUUCUGAAGGAGUUGAGGCAUACGCUGUUGCGAGGUUAUCAACUGCACGUCUCUUCUUUCACCGUCCACUCCAUGCUUGUCUUCACCACAGAUCACUUCCUUCAAGGCGCCCUUGAUUACUGUCUCCCGGAUCUUGUUGCAGUCAUCAUGGACGAUAUUUUUGGCACAGUGGGUCAAGAGAAGGAUGCAGAGGACUAUGUCAGCAAGAUGAAGGAAGUCAAAAGCAGCAAGAGUUACGAUUCGAUGGAACUUCUUGCAAAGAAUGCUACCAUUGGCCAACUCGCAAACCUCAUCCGACCGAUCCAAUCACUCUUGCGUGAGAAGCUCAACUCCAACAUGGUCAAGAAGAUUGAUGAGCUCAUGAGAAGAAUUGGGAUUGGCUUGCUGAGAAACCCUGGAGCUGAAAGUCGUGAGCUCCUCGUCUUCUGUUACGAAAUCAUCAAGGAAUCUUAUCAGGAUGAGACUCCCUCUGGCGACAAGGAUCUCCCCAAGUUCAAAUAUGAGGAGCGGUUUUUGGUCAAGCUCCAGGGAGCAAAACGUGGCGAGAAGAGAGGGACGACUGCUUCUCAUAUCUACAAGCUUACUCGGUUUUCACUGGAUGUUCUCCGAGCCGUUCUGAACAAGUUCGGGUCACUGUCAACACCUACAAACUUGUCUGGCUUUUUGCCUAUCAUUGGAGAUGCUCUCGUACAGUCUCAUGAGGAAGUUAAGGUUGCCGCUAUGCGAUUGCUUUCAACGAUUAUCAAGCUUCCCAUGCCAGAGCUCGAUGACAACUCUCAGGUGUAUACUACGGAGGCUGUGAAGUUGGUCAAAGAAUCACCAACAACAAACUCCGAAGCAGCCCAGGCAUCAUUGAAACUGAUCUCUGCUAUGAUUCGCGAACGGAAGGGCUCCAAGAUUCGUGAUGGUCACCUGUCAUAUCUUCUCCAGAGACUGACGUCCGAUAUUGAAGAGCCAGAUCGCCAGGGUAUCACAUUCAACUUCAUCCGGGCGGUCAUGUCACGCAAGUUCAUGGUGCCAGAGAUCUAUGAACUUAUGGAUCAGAUUGCGACGAUGAUGGUUACUAACCAGACCCGCUCUGCACGAGACCUUGCUCGGGGAACUUACAUCCAUUUCUUGAUUGAGUAUCCCCAAGCCAAGAGCAGAUGGACUAAGCAGCUGGGCUUUCUUGCUAAGAACCUCGACUAUAAGCACCAGGAAGGACGGCAGUCAGUUUUGGAAGCGGUGCAUAUGCUCCUGUCUAAGACUGGCCCUGAGCUGGCCCAGGACAUUGUUAGCACCUUCUUCCUCCCUGUGGUCCUUGCCAUGGCCAAUGACGAAUCCUCCGAGUGUCGCGAAAUGGCAGGGGCUCUGCUCGGCCAGUUCUACAGCCGAGCGGACAAGGAAGUCAUGAAGACCAUGCUCAAGCCCCUCCACGCCUGGUUGGAGCAGACCGACAACAUGGCUCUGGGAAGCAUAGGCUUGCAGGCCAUGCGCAUCUUCUUCGAAGCUGAAGAUAUCGAGAAGGACAAGGAAGCUCGAUUUGUAGUCGAGAUCCUGCCAAGCUUGAUGCAGCCGAUCCUUGAGGAACAGCAAGACGCAAAUUGGGAAACCCUAUAUUUCGCUCUGCAGCUCUUCACCAAGCUCUGCAAGACAGUACCUUCGCUCGCUCUCAGCCCCAAGUGUGCUUCUAUCUGGACAGCCAUUCAGGAGUCGCUAUUCUUCCCUCAUGCCUGGGUGAAGACUUGCGCCGCAAAUCUGGUUGGAAUGUGGCUGGCUGACCUGGCAAAGACACACGCCGGCGUUGGCUACGGUGCGGUCCCAUUAGUUGGAAGCUCUGGCCUGGUUCUGGAUAAAGAAGCGAUGCUUCAGCUCCUCCGCGCUAACAGUCGCUGUUUGCGCACCCCUGGUGUGACCGAGGAAUUGGCGAUGCAAAGCGUGCGUAACUUGGUCUUCCUUGGACGUUGCUGUGCGCAAAACGGCAUUGAGUUCCAGAAAUUCAGCGCAGAAGAUGUCGAGUCGGAGGAUGAGGAUGAUGAUGCCGAGGAUGGCAGUGACGCGGGGGAUGAGCAUAAGGCUAAUGGCGUGAAGCACGACAAGUCCGCAUUGAGCUACCUUUUCAGACAAAUUUCGACUCUCCUCCGCCGCGAGGUUGUAUCCAAUCGGCCAGAAGCUCUUAUCCCGAAGACUGCGUCGAUCACGCUUCUCGCUGCCCUUGUCCGUCACCUCGAAUCCGAGCAAAUUUACCCAUCUCUCUCGGUGAUCUUGCUCCCGCUGCAGCAUAUGACAGACUCGUCUAUCCCCGCGCCCCGGUCAUCCGACCCGGUCUUCCAGGAGACUUACAAAUCUCUUGUGUCGAACUGUCACGAAGUUUUGGAUUCCCUCCAAAAGAAGCUUGGUACCACGGAGUAUAUCGCGCAGAUGACCAAGGUCCAAGACAGUAUCAAGGAACGCCGUGAAGGAAGACGGGCCAAGCGCCGUAUCGAGGCCGUCGCUGACCCCGAACGAUUUGAGAAGGAUAAGAGGAGGAAGAACGACCGCAAGAAGGACAAGCGCCGCGAAAAAGCCUUGGAACACCGCGGCAAGAGACGAGGCUGGUAA